CUUCUCAUUCAGGAACUUCUCUGCUCGCUCUUUGAUAGAAGAGAGCAUGUUCAGCAGGCCCAUGGUCCUCAAUCAGGUCCUCAGACUGCUGAGGGGUUACAGGAGAGCAGCCAGAGAGAAUACAACACAUAGGUGUGAAGAGGACUGAACCACAUCAGACGACAGCAGAGGGUUGAGCCUCUGGGGAGGAAUGCAUCGUGCAGGCCGCCACACGUUUGAUUCCUGCCGUCAUGUCAGCAGGAAUCCAGCGUCUCCUCAGUGUGAGGGAACGACUGAGAGGAGAUGAGAGGAUACAGAGGAAUCAAGUACACGCUGUUCAUCUGCUGCUACGUCUUCUGGGUGGUGAGCUCCGCCCUCAUCGCCGUGGGGAUCUACGCCAAGAUCGCCAAGGAGAAAGAUGUGGUGGACACUCUCACAGCUGAUCCAGCUCUGCUGCUGAUCGUCGUUGGCUCUGUGAUGUUCCUCAUCACGUUCCUCGGGUGUUGUGGGUCACUGCGUAACGCCACCUGUCUGCUGAAGAUGGUAUUACACUCGGGUCAAAUACCAAUUAAACUGAGUAAAAUACUCAAUUACAAGUUAAAUGUGUCCUGUGAUUGAUCCUGAGUCAUUUCCCUGUUGAAGCAGCUUCGUUUAUAUCCAGAGGUUCAGUCCCCUGGUUCUCAACAGGCCCCGGGGCCCGGGCCUCUCCGUCCUCUCCGUCCUCUCCGUCCUCUGUCCUCCGUCCUCUCUCUUUGAGGCCCCGGGGCCCGGGGCCUCUCCGUCCUCUCCGUCCUCUGUCCUCCGUCCUC